AUGCCUUUCGUCAAUUUGUCUGAGCUCGAAUCGACGGAUAUCGACUACGUUGUGAUAGGAGGCGGGACCACAGGCUUGACGCUUGCUUCACGAUUGUCUGAGAUUCCCGCUAUCACUGUGCUUGUCAUUGAAGCAGGAAGCUACCAUGGCUAUGACCCAGAGAUCGACAUCCCUGGAAUGCUUGGACGAACCGUUGGAAACCCUAAGUAUGAUUGGUCAUUCCUUUCGGUUCCUCAGAAGCAUGCAAAUAACAGAGUCAUUCCUCACCCACGAGGCAAGGGUCUCGGUGGAUCUUCCUUGAUCAACUUUAUGGGAAUGUUCCACCCAUCCAAGUCAGAAUGCGAUGCGCUUGAGAGACUGGGAAACAAAGGGUGGAACUGGGAUUCCCUCCUACAUUACAUGAAGAAGAGCGAAACUACAAUUCCGACAAAUGUGCUGUCGGAGGAGCAAGCUAAACAGUUUGCUACGGCCAAACAUCCGGAUCCCAGAUACUAUGGUACAGAGGGACCCAUAUUGAAGUCAGUCCUGAGAGGCUGGACGGACGCGCAUGCAAGGUUCCUUGCAGCAGCCGAGACACGUGGGAUACCUAGGAACCCAGAAACUGGCGCCGGCAUUAACAUUGGCGGUAUCUCGACGUAUUCUUCGGUGGACCCUCGAACUGCAACUCGCUCAUACGCUGUCACUGCCUAUAUGCAGCCGAACAUUUGGCGCAGAAACUUUCUUGUGCUAACGGACACACAAGUGACGAGAGUCAUGUUCGGCGACCAAACCAGCAGCCCACUUCGGCAGGCCACUGGAGUUGAACUCUUGCGAGAUGGCACUAUAUGCCGUAUUGGACCGGUUAGAAGAGAUAUUAUCCUUUCUGCUGGCACGUACAAGACUCCACAUCUUCUGGAGCUAUCGGGAAUCGGAAACUCGGAAAUCCUUGGGCAACAUAAUGUUCAAUGUGUUGUUGAUCUUCCUGGGGUGGGAGAAAAUCUGCAGGAUCACAUCGCUGUCGCGACCAUUGCAGAAAUCGAAAAUGGCGAUGAAACAUUCGACGUGAUGAGAGAUCCUGCGUUGUACAAGAAACAUGAAGAGCUCUAUAAACAGCACCAGGGACACUUAGCCUACGGUCCAAUCUCAGCUCAUAUAUUUCUGUCGGCAAAGCAACUCGGAACAUCAGAGGACAUCAGCUCUUGGGAGUGUCAGGCGGAUUCCGCGUUCACAGAGAGUCUUGCGAAGGCUAUGCCUUCUUUGAAACCAGGACUGGAGAAGCAGUAUAGUCUUCAGAGACAGUUCAUCGAAGACAAUGCGCAGGCAGUAGCAGAGGUUCUGCAAUAUUUAGGUCAUCCGCAAGUACCUAAUUCAGCUCCCAUUCCAGGGAAGAAAUACACCAGGCUGUCAGGAGCCUUGAUGCAUCCGCUCUCUCGAGGAUCUGUUCACCUUGCCUCUCCGGACCCCUUGGUUGAUCCGAAUAUAGACCCGAAUUAUCUUUCAAACGAAGCUGAUCUUGAUCUGCUCGUCCACAUUGUGAGAUUCGUCCUUCAAUUCUACGAUACGCCGCCAUUGCGGGACAUUGUGAAAUCUGUGGUACUACCAAGGGAAGCCGAGCUCAAGAGCGAUGCAAGCUUGGAAGAGUACAUUAAACAGUUCUUCAUCCCUGUCUAUCACCCAGUUGGAACAGCGGCGAUGCUUCCUCGCGAUGAUGGUGGUGUCGUUGAUGAGGAUCUUAAAGUUUACGGAACUUUUAAUCUUCGUGUCGCGGACCUCUCUAUCCUACCUCUGGAACUAUCUUGCCACACGCAAUCCGUUGCAUACGCCAUCGGCGAAAAGGUAGCAGAUAUGUUGAAAAACGAGUGUCUUCAAGGGUAG